AAAAGCGUCACUCUCUAACUCGGUUUAGCGUUCGUGAUAUUGCGAAGGUUAGUGAGAAAGAAAUUACAAUGUCCGGCUCCGAUAAUCUAAAGGCUCCUCAAUCAUCGACAGACGCUACUGAUGUUGGUUGGUAUAUUCUUGGUGGAAACCAAGAAAGCUUGGGUCCGUAUACCUUCUUGGAGCUGUGUGACCAUUUCAAGAAUGGUUACCUACAGGAAACUACCCUAGUCUGGGCUGAAGGAAGAAGCGAGUGGCAGCCACUUUCUGCCAUCACUGAGUUGAUGUCAAGGAUUUCUGGAGCUGAGGUUGGCUCUUCAGCUGCAGGUGCAUCUGGGUUGGUGAAUGGAUAUAAGGCUACAACCAACCAAGGGAAGCAAGCCUCAACUGAGGAUGAGUUUGAGAAAUGGCAGAGAGAGAUUCAAGAAGCAGAAGCGGAGGCUGAAAGGUUGAAAAAUGAUCAAGACAGACCUUCUUCACCACCCGAGGGGGAAGAUGAGUUCACAGAUGAUGAUGGAACUAAAUAUAAAUGGGACAAAGCUCUUAGAGCAUGGGCUCCUCAGAAUGAACCACUGGGUAACGUCGACCCGUAUGGACUCGAAGAGAUGACCUUUGCUGAGGAAGACGAAGUAAUUCCAACUAUAGACAUCCCUGACACUUCUGUUGAUAAGGAGGAUGGCUCUAAGGAUGAUGUGGCUGGUAAGAAAGAAGAAGAUGGUCCUGAUCAGACUGCGGAAAUAAACAAUAAUGGCAAGAGGAAACUGCCAGAAGAAGAAACUGAAAAGAAGGAACCAAACAAGCCUCCAGAAGAGUGGUUUGAGUUGAAAGUAAACCCACAUAUCUACGUUACUGGGUUGCCCAAGGAUGUCACUAUCGAGGAAGUCGUUGAAGUUUUUUCUAAAUGCGGCAUUAUUAAGGAGGAUGACAGUGGCAAACCUCGCAUAAAGCUUUACAGUGACAAGGCGACAGGAGAAUUAAAAGGCGAUGCUCUUAUCACGUAUAUGAAGGAGCCCUCAGUGGAUCUUGCAAUUCAAAUUUUAGACGGGGCUCCUUUACGUCCAGCUGACAAGCUCAUCAUGUCAGUUUCUCGAGCUAAGUUUGAGCAGAAAGGGGAGAGAUUUAUAACGAAACAAACCGACAACAAGAAGAAGAAAAAGCUUAAAAAGGUCGAGCAAAAGUUGCUUGGAUGGGGCGGUAGAGAUGAUGCUAAGAUCUCAAUACCUGCAACGGUUGUUCUGCGCCACAUGUUCAGUCCAGCAGAGAUGAGGGAUGAUGAGAGUCUGUGUGCUGAGGUAGAGGAAGACGUGAAAGAAGAGAGUAUGAAGCAUGGACCAUUUGAUUCAGUGAAGGUCUGUGAGCUUCAUCCACAGGGUGUCGUUCUCAUAAGAUUCAAGGAUCGUAAAGAUGCUCAGAAAUGUAUAGAUGCAAUGAAUGGCCGAUGGUAUGCAAAGAGACAGAUACAUGCGAGCCUUGACGAUGGAUCAGUAAACCACGCUGCUGUUCGUGACUUUGAUUUGGAAGCCGAACGGUUAGAUCAAUUUGCUGCUGAACUCGAAGCUGAAUAGAAGAAACAAAAUCACCAUACUCUAAAAAAGUUCUUUUGUAGAAUACCUUAUGUUAGUUAACAAGUUUGAGAUAUAACCUAUGUUUUUCAUUUUUGUUGAUCUCUUUUUAUGUUUAGCUAAACAAAUACCAUAUCCCUACUGAUACAUAAAAUUACAUGAAAGUUUGCUAUCUUGUGGAAUGUUAAGUUUCUAAAGCUGAGACAGUUAGGUUUCUGAUACAAAUCGGUUUAACUAAUAAAUC